UCCGUGUCCAUCUUGCUCGGGAGCUGCGGCGACGGGCUUGACUGUCUCGCUAGUGUCGAGCGGCGAGACCAAAGCCGCGAUGGCAUCCGAAACCGUAGGACUGUGAGGCAUCAGAACGAGAGCCAGCAGGCCGGGCAGAGCAACGGAACCGGGUCGCUGACGAGCCGAGCUGCCGCCAUGGAGCUGAGGGUUGGGAACCGGUACCGGCUGGGCCGGAAGAUCGGGAGUGGCUCCUUCGGGGAUAUCUACCUGGGAACUGAUAUUGCUGCCGGAGAGGAGGUUGCAAUAAAGUUGGAAUGUGUGAAAACCAAACAUCCUCAGCUCCACAUCGAGAGUAAAAUCUACAAAAUGAUGCAGGGUGGAGUGGGUAUUCCCACAAUUAAGUGGUGUGGAGCUGAAGGGGACUACAAUGUUAUGGUGAUGGAGUUGUUGGGACCGAGUCUUGAAGAUCUCUUCAAUUUUUGUUCAAGGAAAUUUAGUCUCAAGACAGUCCUAUUACUUGCUGACCAAAUGAUUAGUCGAAUUGAAUAUAUUCACUCUAAGAACUUCAUCCACCGAGAUGUGAAGCCUGAUAACUUCUUAAUGGGCCUGGGGAAGAAAGGCAAUCUUGUCUACAUAAUAGACUUUGGUCUAGCAAAGAAGUAUCGAGAUGCUCGAACUCAUCAACAUAUUCCAUAUCGUGAAAAUAAAAACUUAACGGGAACUGCCCGUUAUGCAUCCAUCAACACUCAUCUUGGAAUUGAGCAAUCUCGCAGAGAUGACUUGGAGUCCUUGGGCUAUGUACUGAUGUAUUUUAACCUGGGCUCCCUCCCCUGGCAGGGACUGAAAGCAGCAACAAAGAGACAGAAAUACGAACGUAUCAGUGAAAAGAAAAUGUCUACACCCAUUGAGGUUUUGUGUAAAGGAUAUCCUUCUGAAUUUGCCACAUACUUGAAUUUCUGCCGUUCUUUGCGUUUUGAUGACAAGCCGGACUAUUCCUAUUUAAGGCAAUUAUUCAGAAACCUUUUUCAUCGGCAAGGAUUCUCCUAUGACUAUGUAUUUGACUGGAACAUGCUGAAAUUUGGUGCGAGCAGAGCAGCUGAAGAUGCUGAGCGUGAAAGGCGGGAACGAGAGGAAAGAUUAAGACAUACACGAAAUCCAGCUGUACGUGGAUUACCCUCCACUGCUUCUGGCAGGAUAAGAGGAACGCAAGAUGUAGCUCCUCCUACUCCCCUUACCCCAACUUCACAUGCUGCCAACACCUCUCCUCGGCCAGUAUCCGGUAUGGAACGAGAAAGGAAAGUGAGUAUGAGAUUGCAUCGUGGUGCCCCAGUCAAUAUCUCCUCAUCUGAUUUAACAGGCCGACAAGAUACCUCUCGCAUGUCAACUUCGCAGAAUAGCAUUCCUUUCGAACACCAUGGCAAGUAGCUGCUCGUCUCCUUUCGUUGGAAGGCAGCACUGGAUUCCUGCUCGGGUUACUACCAGUGUUCUCCAGUCUGCUGUGCACCGGUGAAAAUUAUUUUGUCAUGGAGGGCAGAUAAUGCAUGGCUGAUCUCCCAUGUUGCCAAUGGCUUUACUAGCAAAUAUACCCUAAACUAGAGCGGAAAUUGGAGUUCUCCAUGUGACCUAAAAAGCUCUUGGAGGAACAUGCAGAGACUCCAGCAGCUGCCAUUACAGGACGCUUUUGCCAGAAACCCAAUGACCUUAAGAGACCCCUGUGGUAACAGGGCUGGAAAAGAAAGAUGGUUUACAGAGUUCACCGCCUGUUACUGGAUGGCCAUUUCAGUUUUCCCUCCACAGGCGGCAGACUUUACUCCCUUUUUAUUAUUCUACUGUAACUAUAAAUCUUUUACUUGGUUUAAGAAAGUUUUUUGUAUCAUUUUGCUAAAAUUAUUGGCUUACUUCUCUGUAAAAAACUCUUGCUUUUGUCUGAUUUAAAAAUGUAGAGUAUAAACAAACCUGAACUAAAGAUAAUGACUUGAAAUUUCUUGUUUAAAAGAUUAGUCUGCCAGGGAACAUGUAAAUGAAUCAAAACCAUCUGCUGUUAUUUAAAUUGUUUACUUUUACGUAUUGUCCCAUUCUGAGUCAGUUUUUUCAUGAAGUUUUUAAAACUGUUAGAAGUUUAUUUUACUGUUUGCUGUCUUCAUUCACACUGGACAUUUAACUUUCUGUGUAGCACAAAUGAAUUUUUUAAUACUCAUUGUGUUUCAUAGAGGAGGAUAACUAAAUACCCUGCAGGAGAGUCUUAAGUAUAGUAGAGAUUGUAAUGAUGAAUUUCUUUUUUUGUAAAGAAUGUUAAGAACAAGUAAAAGACUGACAUUUGAGGGAUUUAGAAUUAGAAAGCUUGUUCUGUAUCUCUGCUUAGUUUGGGUGAAUGGAUACUUUCAAACAUUGUUUUUACUCAGAAAAUUUUGUUUCCUCUUCGCUGAGGCUGGUUAGCUUGGAGACUAUUACAAGUGCAAAAUAGACAUUGCUGCUGAAUCUUCAGUGAAUUUGCAUGUUUCAUUCAGUAUCCACAUGUUUAAAAAUAAAUACAUUGAUUUAGGCCUUCUGUUACAUGCCAAGACUCAAAAAAGGCAUUCUUAUACCAAAAAAAAUCCUAAAUAACACCCCCACAAACAUAGUAACCUAUUCUUGCCAUAAAAUCCUGAUAAUUUUUGCAAUUCAGAUGCAUAUCAUAUUUAAUUCUUAAGUAUAUUUAACCUGAGAAUGCCCAGAGUAAUUAUCUAGGCAUGAAUGACUCAACAUGCUCAGGUUGUUGCAGGUAUUGUUGGCUCCUGUUGGUUAUGAAAUAUGGGAAAUUCUUCAUACUGUCUGUUACUGUAAAUGGUCUCGUAACAGUACGUGUUCUGUCCUUAUGGUACUUGGAACAGUACCAGAACUCUUUAUGACUGAAAUUAGGGGAAGUUCUGUGCUGGAAGGUAUGUACAGAGAUUUUGUUUGAACAGUUAGGUAUUUUGAGAAGUGGAGACAAUUUUUAAAGGUAUAUUGGUCUUCAGAUUUUUAUGAAGAGUAGUUUUUAUUUUUGGGUGUUUACAAAUUCUUUUUUGCCCCUCUCAAAAGUCCCUGUACCAAGAAUUAUCAUUCUUCUUUGGAUGCUUUCAUAACAUUAGCUAUUUGUUUGUGUGUACUCUGGGUCACACUGGGGAAAUGUGUGUUUGGGGAGAGUAUAGUGGAAAAGGUCAAGAAUUUGAUUGAUUGGUAAGUUUGCAUAAGAGAAUUAUUUCCUCAGUUACUAUAAACUUUGGUAUUUUAGGCAUGUGCACUACCAUUUGAGCAGUUUUACACUUCACUGUGCUUUCCUUGUAAAUAUCUGUGGUUAAUAGUGUAAUGUUUGAGGGACUGAAAAAAGCAGCCUUUUUAUAUCCUAUGUAUCUGGACCAUUAGAUUGCUGUACUAUACUUAAAAGUUGACUGCAGAUUUCUAGAAUUGUACUCACUUGUGGGCAGUUUUUGUCCUCAUAAUAGUUAAAUUCCAUCAUGCAGAAAAUAGUUACACUGUCUAUAUAAACCUAUGUAUAAACCAGUAUCUCAAAGCACUUCAUUUGUACUACCACUGUAUUUGUGUACUUUAACAGUUGUGUAAAUACAUUCAUAAUAACUUCUGUUCUUCUUGGUGUAACUUACUGACUUGAAUGAAUGAAUGAAUCCUUACCAUUUA